AUGAGUUCCAGAGGUGAAGGUUCUAACUCUACGGCGGACAGGAAGGUGACUAAAGAAACAGCGAGUGUGAUCCCCGUUGGAAGAAAGUUGGUUAAAACCAUGGUCUUGAAAACCAUUAUCUCUGCCUUCACCAUCCCAUGUGGUAAUGAUCAGGGCUCUGAGCCUGCCGGCGACGGCAAUGGUUACCGUGACGGAGGCCGCGUGCAUCCUAGUCGCUGAUCGGUCCUUUUCUUGGGGCUGAAGAUAUAUGUGAUGCUGUUGUGACCUUUCUUGGGGUUUAUUUUUUUCCUGCUUUUAGUAUAUACAUAUAUAAGGUGGUGUUCUUAUGGUCUAAGUUAUUGGUAACACUGCGUCUUUUAGUUUUUAUUAAGCUUAAAUAAAAUGUUUGUAUUGUUUCCGGUAGGGGCUGGUGAUGUUUAUGACA